AUGAAGGUCUUGCCUGUGCUGCUGGCCGCCCUUCUGGCUGUGGACCCAGCCUGCUCCCUGGUGUGCUUCUCGUGUAAGGACCAGAAGAGCAAUUUCUACUGCCUGAAGCCGACUGUGUGUUCCGACUCGGACAACUACUGUGUGACCAUGUCCGCCUCGGCCGGCAUCGGGAACAUGGUGGACCUGGGCCGGACCCUGAACAAGGGCUGCUCGCCGAUCUGCCCGGGCGCCAGCAUCGACCUCGGCGUGGUGGCCAUGGGCACCCACUGCUGCCAGAGUUUCCUGUGUAACAUCAGUGCGGCGGGUGGGGGACCGCAGGUCAGCGCCACUGUGCUGGGCCUCGGGGUCCUGCUCAGCCUGCUGGCAGCGCUGCUGCGGCCCAGCCUCUGA